CACCCCAGGUGGCCGCCGUCGCGGAAAGGAAGCCACCUAGGGACGCUGCGCCCUGCUGCUCGAUUGCUGCUGCGCGUGCGCAGGCAGUCCGGUUUUGGAGUCUUCAUCUUUGCCGCCUUCACCGCUGCCUUCCUUGGAUUUGAGUCUCGCGCUUUCUUCAUUCGCUCAGUGCUGGGCUCGAGCCCCCGGGCCAGUGAGCCCGGGGAAGAGGUUGGAAAGGGCCGUUGACCUCCGUCUUUAAACUGUGCGCGGGGCAGCCAUGUCGGCCGGCGAGGUCGAGCGCCUGGUGUCGGAGCUGAGCGGCGGGACCGGAGGGGAUGAGGAGGAAGAGUGGCUAUAUGGCGGCCCAUGGGACGUGCAUGUGCACAGUGAUUUGGCAAAGGACCUAGAUGAAAAUGAAGUUGAAAGGCCAGAAGAAGAAAACACCAGUGCUAAUCCUCCAUCUGGAAUUGAAGAUGAAACUGCUGAAAAUGGCGUACCAAAACCGAAAGUGACUGAGACUGAAGAUGAUAGUGAUAGUGACAGUGACGAUGAUGAGGAUGAUGUCCAUGUGACUAUAGGAGACAUUAAAACAGGAGCACCACAGUAUGGGAGUUAUGGUACAGCACCUGUAAAUCUUAACAUCAAGACAGGGGGAAGAGUUUAUGGGACUACAGGAACAAAAGUCAAAGGUGUAGACCUUGAUGCACCUGGAAGCAUUAAUGGAGUUCCACUCUUGGAGGUAGAUUUGGAUUCUUUUGAAGAUAAACCAUGGCGUAAACCUGGUGCUGAUCUUUCUGAUUAUUUUAAUUAUGGGUUUAACGAAGACACUUGGAAAGCUUACUGUGAGAAACAAAAGAGGAUACGAAUGGGACUUGAAGUUAUACCAGUUACUUCUACUACAAAUAAAAUUACGGCCGAAGACUGUACUAUGGAAGUUACACCAGGUGCAGAGAUGCAAGAUGGCAGAUUCAAUCUUUUUAAGGUACAGCAGGGGAGAACUGGAAAUUCAGAGAAAGAAGCAGCACUUCCUUCUACAAAAGCUGAGUUUACUUCUCCUCCAUCUUUGUUCAAGACUGGACUUCCACCAAGCAGAAACAGCACCUCUUCUCAGUCUCAGACAAGUACUGCCUCCAGAAAAGCCAAUUCAAGCGUUGGGAAGUGGCAGGAUCGAUAUGGGAGGGCCGAAUCACCUGAUCUAAGGCGAUUACCUGGAGCAAUUGAUGUCAUUGGACAAACUAUAACUAUUAGCCGAGUAGAAGGAAGACGACGGGCAAAUGAAAACAGCAACAUACAGGUCCUUUCUGAACGAUCUGCUACUGAAGUAGACAACAAUUUUAGCAAACCACCUCCAUUUUUCCCUCCAGGAGCUCCUCCCACCCACCUUCCGCCACCUCCGUUUCUCCCACCUCCUCCAACUGUUAGUACUGCUCCACCUCUGAUUCCACCACCAGGUAUCCCAAUAACUGUACCACCUCCAGGUUUUCCUCCUCCACCAGGUGCUCCACCGCCAUCUCUUAUACCAACAAUAGAAAGUGGACAUUCCUCUGGUUAUGAUAGUCGUUCUGCACGUGCAUUUCCAUAUGGCAAUGUUGCCUUUCCCCAUCUUACUGGUUCUGCUCCUUCAUGGCCAAGUCUUGUGGACACCACCAAGCAAUGGGACUAUUAUCCAAGAAGAGAGAAAGACCGAGAUAGAGACAGAGACAGAGACAGAGAACGAGAUCGUGAUCGGGACAGAGAAAGGGAACGCACCAGAGAAAGAGAGAGAGAGCGUGAUCACAGUCCUACACCAAGUGUUUUCAACAGUGACGAAGAGCGAUACAGAUACAGAGAAUAUGCAGAAAGAGGCUAUGAGCGUCACAGAGCAAGUCGAGAAAAAGAAGAACGACACCGAGAAAGACGACACAGAGAGAAAGAAGAAACCAGACACAAGUCAUCUCGCAGUAAUAGUAGACGUCGCCAUGAAAGUGAAGAAGGAGACAGUCACAGGAGACACAAGCACAAAAAAUCUAAAAGAAGCAAAGAAGGAAAAGAAGCUGGCAGUGAGCCUGCCCCUGAACAGGAGAACACUGAAGCUACACCUGCAGAAUAGGCAGAGUUUUUGCCUUCUGUGUAUAUUAGUGCCAGAAAUAGAUACUAUAAAUCUCAUUAUUUUUCUGGAUAAUGUUUAAGAAAUUUACCUUUAAUCUUGUUCUAUUAGUAUGAAAAGUUAACUUUUUUUUUCCAAAAUAAGUGAAUUUUUCAUGUUAAGUUAAAAAUCUUCAUUUUUUAAUAUUUAAAAAUAAAAAGACAGCAAUGACUUUAUAUCCAAGAAAGUCAAGUGAAUGAGUCACUUAGGGGAUUGAGAGCUAUAUUUAGCUGUGUAUGUACAUGGUAUCUGAUGGUCAAGGAUCACUUGGCCAGUUUUCUUGUUAAAUACCAGUCUCAUACGAAGUUGCACUGCAAAAGGCAUCACAAGCCCUCUGAACUGUGAGAUUAAAACUAGUCUUUGUCAUUACUGCUGUGGCACUCUUGUUUAGAAUAUUAAGAGAACUGUAUACAUUUUUGGGGGGUGGGUACUGGGGAUCAAACUUGGGGCCUUGCACUUGGGAGGCAGGCGGUGGAACCACUGAGGUAAAUCCCCGGCCCUAUACAUUUUUGAUACCACAGUUUUUGACACCAGGUUUUCAGUGUUCUAAAUUUGGGUCCAUGGUAAAACUAAAUAGGGCACUUUUAUAUCAAAUCAGUAGAGUCUGCAAGGCAUUUAGAUAGCCUCUGAAGGUGCCCUACAUGUAAUUGCAGGCAGAUACAUACACAGACAUCACUAUGACACAGACUUGAACCCCCUCUUGGCCAUAUAUCUGAGCCAGGGUCAAGCUUAUUUGGCCUUUCUUGACGUGUUUUCCAAGACUUAUGGUAGAGUAGCAUGUGGAGUUUUUAUACAGUUGCUAACUGUAUUGUGAAUAAAAAUAAACUUCAUGACAAGAGCUUUGAAUUAGUCAUUUCUUAUUAAACUAAGAAAAUACAAGGUUAUAACUUUUAGGUUAUAUUUUUAUAUUUUAGGUUAUAUUUUUAGGGGUAAUCCUUGGAGGCAUUAUGUGUUAGUGAUGGUAACAGAUAACUUGGUGUUUGAAAGAAUGAACUAUGAGGGUCUUUUAAAUGGUGAUGAGAAGUAAACAGAAUCACAUACAAAAAAGAGUAUAAUUUUUGAAACAUAUUUAUUUCUCACUUGAUGAACAUUUCUUAGCAAUACAGUUUUUAUGUCCUCUUGACAUUACAUUUCAAAUUCUCAUAGUGGACUCUGCAGAACUGACAUUAUACCAGAUCUUUAAGUUGAUGAUUUGAAUGGGGCAUAGAAACCAUUUUUAGUUGUUCAAUGGCUUUUUUUUUUUUUGGUACUGGAGAUUGAACUCGGGUCCUUGCACUUGCAAGGCAGGCGACAGAACCACUGAGCUAAAUCCCCGGCCCCUCAAUGGCUUUUUAUUGAAUAGAAAAAUAUAAAAUUAGAAGUUGUGGAGUAAUGAGAAAUCUUCCAUACUGAAUAAAAACCAUUAGUUUUUAUUUUCUGAGAAGGUUCUCUGAGGUAUAACUGGUCUUCAUUAGAUCACACUUUUCUUAACAUUUUUUAUAACCUUUAAAUAUAAAAAUUGACAAGAUAAAUAUAUUAUCUCAGUUUAGCCUAUUUGUGAUUUUUUCUGUUUUUCUGAGAACCAUCAGUGAUUUUAUAAAAAAGUGCCAGGCCAAGAAACUAUAGUGAGAGUAAUUCUUCCUUUAAGGUCUUUCAGCAUCUUUGUCAAGCAAGCAGGCGUCAUGCCUGAUGUACUUCUCCCAUUGACAGCAAGAAGAAUAUCACCACAUCUAAAAAAAAAAAAAAAAAACAAUAGAUAUGUGAUUACUAUCUUCAUCUAAGCUAAAGUUAAUUUUGAUGCCUCUAUUUUUGCUGCAUCCAUCCAUUUUAACUACAUUACUUCUGACUAAGGCCUUUCCCUUAAAUUCUUCAAACUCACUAGGAUGCUAAAAAGUGUAGGAAGCUGCAAUGUGGGUCCAGGAGGUUGUGUAAUUUUGUAUUUCUUAGAUGAUAAAUGCUGCACAAAUGUUUUAAUUUCUUACCCCCUGUCCCUGAAAGUAUGGCUUAUUUCAAGUGGGGCCAAGCUUUUGCAUAUAGAAAACAAAACAUUUGAAUAUAAAUUUUUUGUUGAGUAGUCCUUAUCAUUACCUAAUUCUUCCAUCCUUGUAUGCUGGCAUUCCUUCAACAAUGGAUUUGAUAAAAAAAGGUUUGUGCCCACUGUUUUCUUCAUAACCUCCUACAAUGCAGAAGCCCAGACUUCCAGCUGUGUUUCUUCGUAAUACAACAUCUUUAUAGUUACGAAAGUACCUGAAAUAGAAUGCAAUCAGUGUAUAUGUACAGUAAACUAUUAAUUAUUGUGACUUCAUCUCCCAUUCCUUACUGAUAAUUUUCUUGAAGCUGAGAAGUACUGGAUAGAUCCCACUCAAAAUUGUGUCAUAGCUUAGUAACUUUUAUGCUGUUAGCCAGCAUUUUGUAAUUAAUCCUCUGAUUCCCAUAGUUGAACACUUUAAAAAAUAGCAUCACCUGUUAGGUUUUAUCUGUAUGUUUGCUGAGUAAAUAAUCAUAUUUUGGGCUUUAAAAUGACUUAAAGCUUGAGUUUAUAUUAUCAGAAAAUUUAGGUAUGUCUAGCUGCUUCAUUGAUAAACCAAAAUGAAACAUUCUUAUAUUUUUAUGGAUAUAAUUUUAAUGAAGGCAGAAAUCCUUUGAAUAAGUGAUUAAUCUCAAGAAAAUUUAAGCUUAAGCUAAUUGAUGAAGUGGAAAUUUUUUGAUCCAAGCUUAGACAAGAUGCAGUCAUAAAGUAAAUAGAAAUUGCAAUACAUUUAAAGCUUGUCAGAAGAACAUGUGGGAAGAAAAACAGAUGGCAAACUGAAUUGGAAGUUACAAAAGGAAUGGGAGAAGGAAAGACAAUAAUAGCUCUUCUGUAAGUAGAAUCCUCAACUAAAAUAGAAAAUGAAAUUUAAGAAAUUAUUUUAGAAUUCAGUAGCCUUUGGAUAAGUGUUUACAUAGGUGCAGGCCAAGUGCAGACUGUGUUCUAGUUACUAAAGAGAUGGAGGUGUGUGUCAGGAACUAGAUUUUACUUUUUUGUAUAUGUUCCUGUAGUCCAGAAACUGGUCUGACAGGAGAUGAGCAUUUUCACGUUGGUAAAAAUCAAGAUAUGGAUGUUCUGUUUAUAAACUGUACCUUAAAAUAUUCAUUAACUGCUUUUUGACAACUAAUAAAAGGUCUCUUUUGAAAUGUUAA